CCGGUGGACGCGUUUCUCUUCGAAAUCGAUAAUCGAGCCGGAACACAGGAAUCGCCAGCAGGAAACUCAGAGAGAGAGAGAGAGAACUGAGAAGAUAUCAUUUGGGCUAAACUGUUGGCUGCGAUUUUCUUCGAUUUGAGCGAUGAAUCCUCUAACUCUAGUGAAACGCAUCCAAAAUAUCAACGCGAAAGAAGCUUCUUUAGGGAUCUCCGAGGACGCCUCAUGGCAUGCCAAGUACAAAGAUUCCGCCUAUGUCUUCGUCGGCGGCAUCCCCUUCGAUCUUACCGAAGGCGAUCUUCUCGCCGUCUUCGCUCAGUAUGGAGAAAUUGUCGACGUUAAUCUUGUUAGGGACAAAGGUACUGGAAAAUCAAAAGGUUUCGCUUUCGUGGCGUACGAGGAUCAGAGAAGUACAAAUCUUGCUGUAGAUAAUUUAAACGGAGCUCAGAUGUUAGGCCGGACUAUUAGGGUUGAUCAUUGUAGUAAGUACAAGAAGAAAGAGGAAGAAGAUGAAGAGACCGAGCAGAAGAAGAGGGAGGCGCGGGGCGUUUGCCGGGCUUUCCAAAGAGGAGAAUGUACGCGCGGAGCUAGCUGCAAAUUCUCUCAUGAUGAGCAAAGAGCUGCAAACACAGGUUGGGGCCAUGAGGACAAAGAACCAAGAUGGGGGCAUGAAAAGUUUGACGGUCCAAAGAAGGGUGAGAGAAGAUUUGGGAACAUAACAUCAAGUCAUGCUUCAGAACGUACUGUUCGAGAAGGCGAUCAAGAGACACGUUCUAGAGCAAAGGCCAAUGAAACCUGGGAAAGGGAAGGCUAUCAAAACAACAGGAGGGAGGAGAAGAGAUUGGAAAGUCAUGGUGAUGAUCAUGACUCAAGGACAAGAGGUCAUGAUAGCAGAGAAAAAGGUUCUAGAGGGCAUAAUGAUUAUGAUUAUCAGCCAAAAUCAAGUGAAAACCACGAUAAGCGAGAGGAGAAGAGAUCAAGAAAGCGUAGUGAUGAUGAUGAUGGAGUUAUGCCCAAGUCAAGAGAAGGUCUUGGUAGGAGGGAAGAAAAGAGAUCAAGAAGGCAUGACGAUAAUGAUGUACCAAAGACGAGAGAAGAUCGAGAUAGAAGAGAAGAAAAGAGAUCGAGAAGGUACGAUGAUUAUGAAUCUGAGAUAAAAUCAAGAGAAGAGCAGGAUAAGGGAGAGGAAAAGAGAUUGAAAAGGCACAAUGAUGAUGAAUUUCAACCAAAGUCAAGAGGAUAUCAAGAUAAGAGGGAAGGCGAUCGAUCGAGAUGGCAUGAUUAUGAUGUUGAGCCAGUGAUGAGAGAUAGGAAGGAGGAGCGGCGACCGAGGAGGCAUGAUGAUUAUCAGUUCGAGCCAAGGUCACGGAAAGAUGAUGAAAGAGGUGAUGAGAAAAGAGCAAGGGUGAAUAGGGCAUGAAUUAGAAACCUUCUUGUCAAAACUGAUAUAGAGCGAUUACGUUCAAUCACAUUCAAUCAUGAAGGAUUCUACUAUUCCUUUAGGAGACAUAUCAGUCAAAUCGAAAAGUGCUAGUUUGUACCAAAUAUGGCCUGUCUAUUGAGAAAGCAUGUAUGUAAGAAUAUGCCAUGAGAAUCUUCAAAAUGCUUGAAUUGCCUGGUGAGUGACUACGGGUAUGUUCAUUGCAUAACUCAA